AGACAUCAUCUGUGUGCUGUCAAGUCAGUCGCCCACAAAAAGCGUUCGGGAGUUGAUGUGUGCGCCGUGAUCAAUUCGUGCAAAAGUUGAUAAGUGGUUUUCACGUCUAGUUCGGUUUGUCAUCAGUCGCGAGUUUCACCCAAAAUUAUAUCGAAAUGACGGAAAUCAGCACGCUAAUGGGGUCGCCAUUUGUGCGAGUCAAGCUUGUGACAUUCGUGCAUUUUAUUUUCAUCGCGAACGCGAUGCUCACUUAUACGUGGCCGACGGCGUUCCUAUUCUACAACAUUUUGUUUAUCAUCUCGUUGAUGUGGACGAUCCACUGCAAGGAGUCAACAGACGCAGUUCACACGGCCGUAUUGAUAGAUGCUUGUAGCAUUGUCUUUGAUUUGAUCUGCAUCAUUUCGUUUUACUACCCAAUAAAUGGUUGGGCUCUCGCAUUUUCAAUUAUUAAUUUAAUAUGCCGUCCUUUUUCGGCCCUCCUACUGCAUCGUGAGUUCACCGAGCGUGGUGGAACUAUGACAACAGGAACAAUUUUCCCAACUACUCAACAACGAACCUACCAAGAUAUCGACCGUCCAACUCAGCCAGUGCCGACAAAUAACCAAGGACCAAAUGUGGCGAGUAUUUUUUAAGGAAGAAACUUGAAGGAGAGGAACAGGGGAUUGAAUGAAAAGCACAAUUUACUUAUCACACGCAAUCGGGAAAAGAAAACUAAGUCUCGUCUGUUUCUUCUUUCGGUUUCCUUUUGUUUUCGGUGUAUUUAACUAGUAGUUGAAAUAUUUUUUUGUUUAUCUUUAUUUAAUACCAUUUAAAGCAUUUUUAUAUAUAUUAUAUAAUAUAUGAAUUUUAUACAAACUUAUUGAAUAAUAAUGAAUUUUGAUAUUUGAAAUAUGAAGAUGUAACGGUGGAAGAGGGUACGAUCAAAUUUUUAAUCUUUAGAAAUUAUUCGACAAACAUUUACCCUUUAGCAGCUUCCGAAUAGUAACUGAUGUAUGAAACAAUGUUAACAAAGCAAGGAACUAAAAAAGACAUUAGCUGUUGUGUCAUUUAUUGUUAGAGUCUAUCAUAUCAUGUAUGUUAAAAUUAAAUUUAUAGAAAUUAUUGAGAAUUAUGAAACAGAUUUAAUUAACAUUCAAUAGAAUGUGGCAACAAAUCGAGAUGUGACUGCCUUAAACAAAUCAAUAGCUCAGGACUUAAUAAAAACUUUAAAGGAAUUAAAUUAUUA